AAAUUCUGCGUCCCCGCUUAAUGCCCCAGAAACCCUUGCCGGCUGGCGACUGGCCUGCACGGGCUUGGCUAGCGUGUCAGAAGGCUGCCAGAGUGCGGGAGGUCGCGGCCUCCAAGACCAGAACCUCACACACUAGGAUGACGGCACAGUUACCGGCCUCCUCCCUCUUCCCUCUUCUGCUAGUCGGCGUCACGUGCACGAAUCCCGAGCCCCCAGAGAAGGUGAAGAUGGAUUGCUACAAAGAUGUGAAAGGCACCAUCUACGAAUAUGACGCCCUCACUCUUCAUGGAAAGGAACGCAUUCAGUUCAAGCAGUACGCGGGCAAGCACGUCCUUUUCGUCAACGUGGCCACCUACUGCGGUCUGACAGCUCAGUAUCCUGAACUGAACGCACUUCAGGACGAGCUGAAGCCCUGGGGCCUGGUUGUGCUGGGCUUUCCCUGCAACCAGUUUGGGAACCAGGAACCAGGAGAGAACUCGGAGAUCCUUCCGGGGCUGAAGUAUGUGCGUCCAGGGAGAGGAUACGUACCGAAUUUCCAGCUUUUUGAGAAAGGGGAUGUGAAUGGCAAAACAGAACAGAAAGUCUUCAGCUUCUUGAAGCUCUCCUGCCCUCACCCCUCUGAGGUGCUGGGCUCUUUCAGACACAUAUCCUGGGAGCCGGUAAAGGUCCACGACGUCCGCUGGAACUUUGAGAAGUUCCUGGUGGGGCCCAACGGGGUCCCUGUCACGCGCUGGUUCCACCAGGCUCCCAUCAGCACCGUCAGCUCGGACAUCCUGGGGUACCUGAAGCAGCUAAAAACGAAAUAGGAACCCCGCGUGUGGGGCGGGAGCCAUCCUGCCUCUUACCUGAAGGCCUGUUUUUA